CUGUUGAGGUCCCUUCUGACCCUACUGUCUACGGUUGAUGAGGAAAUUAGAGCUGGGCAAUAGUGGGAAGGGGUGGAGAUGGAAUCAGGCAUCAAGACUGGCAAGAAGAAACUCUUCCCCACCUUUGGUGUCGGGGAGCAAGAAGGCCAAGGGCCUGGGGCUCUCAAUCUCUUCCCCAGGCAGGGGCUGCUGCUUUGUUUAGAAACUGAAGUGAUGCUUCUAAUUAUAGAGCAGCAGGGCAGAGCUAUGAGCUGGCUUAAAGCAUGUGGUAUGUGGCACGUGGUACUGGGGCUGCCUCACCCUGCCCAAUCUGGGAGGUGAAUAAUGGGAACUCACUGUCAUGCUCCCAGGGGCACUGGGAGACAGAGAAUUCUAGAUGCAGCCAGGCCUGGGCCAGAAGAGGAUAAAAGCCACUGGCUCCAACCAGCCAGGCAGGAUAGCUCCAGUACGACUAGAGAGGACUCCUCAGCACCCCAAGCCAGCCACAGAAGCAGAGAUGCUGCGCCGCCUGCACCUCCAGCCACCUUCCCACAGCACCCCAGCUCCCUACAUGGGCCCUCUGCGCACACUGUGGCCUCAACCUAGCACAGUCUUUUCUGACUUGGAGCAGCAGCUGCAGUGGAAGAUGGAUUGGGCCCAGGAGCUUAUGAGCAGUGUCCAGCAGCUCCUGCUAGGUGAAGGGAGCAGCAGCCCCAGCACAGAGCAAGAGCAGAGUGCCAGUAUGACUCUGCCCAGGGGAGCAGAUGGGGCCUUCACUGUGUGCCAGGAUGUCAAGGACUUUGCCCCAGAGGAGCUAACAGUGAAGCUAGUGGGCAGGAAGGUGCUGCUGACAGGCAAGAAGGAGACACAGAACAAGGACAGCAAAGGUUCCUUCUCCUACAAGUACGAGGUGUUCAAGCGGGAGUGGGACGUGCCUGAGGGCGUAGACCCCAACAGCCUGACCUGCUCCGUCUCCAGCGAGGGCCAGCUGUGCAUCAAAGCCCCAUGCCAAGGGCAGAUAGCCGCCCCCGAGAGGAAUGUGCCCAUCCACAUGACCCCUGCAGGAAGCCCAGAGGCUGAGGCAGGCUUCAAGGAAGGGACCAGCGACAGAGCCAAGGCAUAACAGGGAACAAGAGCUGAUGGGUAUCACCCAGGCUGUGCUUGGCAGAGCAGGAAGGAUUGGAGCCCAAAAGGAAGCAGUUUCUCCUCUCUCAUGAGGCUUGAAGCAGGAGCAGUUGUUUUUGUAUUUAAAUAAACUCCUCGUUGAGUAUAGCUGGGUCUUUGUUUAUUGUGAGGUUUAUUUGCAGGGGAGCAUUGGUCUGGGUCACCCUCUGGCCUCACUGGUAGUGUGCUGGCCCCACAGAACAAGGGGCAGCCAGCCCCACUGCUCAGAUCUCUCUCAGAGGGUAGGCAGCCAUGCAGCUGUGCACCUGCAUGAAGAUGCAAACCGGCGAAUUAGGAGGAGGUGCCCAAGGACCUGGAGUAAAACCACUCCAGGACACUUCAAGAGCCCCAUACACAUCAUUGUGAGGGGGAGAAACAUGUGCC